AUCGGUCUCUCAAUCCCCAAGAUUCCAUAGAUUGUUGUACUCCGACUUCACCGUUGAGCGGCAUUGGCUUUUCCAUUGCACCCACUCUGCCUAGUCUUUGAAUCCUCCCUCCCUCCCUCUCCUCUUAAUCCCCUUCGUCCUCCUCCUUCAAUCCUCCCUCGAAAGCUAUCUCCUUUCUAGCUAUGGUUUGCCGCACCCCCGACGCUAAGCAAGAUGAGUCCCCGCCGCCUCCGCCGCCGCCGGAGUUUGAUGCUACUGUCCUCAGCCAGCAGCGCGAUAUACCCGCCCAGUUUAUCUGGCCAGAAGGAGAAAAGCCCACAGAAGACGCCUGCGAGGAGCUUCCCGUACCGCUCAUAGACCUCGCCGGCUUUCUCUCAGGCCAGCCGGAAUCAGCCGCCGAGGUCGUCCGCCUUGUCGGCGAAGCCUGCUCCUCACAUGGCUUCUUCCAGGUCAUAAACCACGGCAUAUCAUCUCAGCUCCUCACCGAUGCUCACCGCUCCGUCGAAUCCUUUUUCUCCAUGUCACUCCAGGAGAAACAGAGAGCUCAGCGAAAGCCCGGCGAGAGCUGCGGCUACGCCAGCAGCUUCACCGGUCGCUUCUCCUCGAAACUCCCAUGGAAAGAAACCCUUUCCUUUCGUUUCUCCCCUUUCUCCACCGUCGUUUUCGAAUACUUCGCGAACACUCUCGGCGAGGAGUUUCGACAUUUCGGGGAAGUGUAUCAGGACUACUGCGAGGCAAUGAGCAAGCUGUCGCUGGAGAUAAUGGAGGUUCUCGGGAUGAGCCUUGGCGUUGGCAAAGCUCAUUUCCGUGAUUUCUUUCAUGGCAAUGAAUCGAUAAUGAGACUCAAUUACUACCCUCCAUGCCAGAAACCAGAGCUCACGUUAGGAACAGGGCCUCACUGCGACCCCACAUCCCUCACCAUUCUUCAUCAAGACGACGUCGGCGGCCUUCAGGUCUUCACCGACGGGCGGUGGCGCACCAUCAGACCCAAAACUGACGCCUUUGUCGUCAACAUCGGCGAUACUUUCAUGGCGUUGUCGAACGGGAGAUACAAGAGUUGUCUUCACAGGGCGGUGGUGAACAGAGAAGUGCCGAGGAAGUCGCUGGCUUUCUUCUUGUGCCCGGAGAUGGAGAAGGUGGUGAGGCCACCGAACGGCUUAGUUGACUCGGACCACCCGCGGGUUUACCCAGACUUCACGUGGUCCGCUUUGCUUGAGUUUACACAGAAGCAUUACAGAGCUGAUAUGAAAACACUUGAUGCCUUCUCGCAGUGGAUUCAGGGCCCCGUUGCCAUUUGAUUUUCUUCGCUCUUUACUUUCACCACGGGAGCUUCCGGAUUUUGUUAAUUCACGCAUCCCCGCCUUUUUUUUCCUUUUUUUAUUUUUUUUGCUAUAUAAAUUUCUCCUUCUUCUUCUGCUUCUUCUUUCUUGUCUGCCAAAUAGUAUUUUGCAUGCUCUGCUUUCUGUCAUAUGUUGGUAAUUGAAAAAAGUUGUUAUUUUUAUGGCAAUAUAUUCGUAAAAAUUUCUUUUCA